AUGGAGAUGGCAGAGAAGAAAGCGAAUAUCGAUCUAUCCGGUAUAUUCCCACCAAUACCGACACCGUUUAAGACCGACGGUGAAGAUAUAGAUUAUGAAAAGUUGAAGGAGAAUUUUGAUAAGUGGAACUCUAAGCCUUUUAAAGGGUAUGUUGUGAUGGGCACGAACGGAGAGAGCGUGUAUAUGAGCGAAUCAGAGAAAAUCAGCAUGGUGGUUGCCGCCAGGAGACUGGCCAAUAAGAACCAACUCAUCAUUGCCGGAAGUGGAUGCGAGUCAACAAUGGCUACGAUCAAUUUGAGCAACGAAAUGGCGAAAGCGGGUGCCGACGCACUGCUCAUACUAACUCCCUGCUACUUCAAAAGUGGAAUGAAUACUGAAGCGCUAUAUCAGCACUACAUUAAAGUGGCGGACUCGAUAGAAAAACCCUUGAUCCUAUAUAACAUGCCUGGGAACACUGGCAUCGACAUGGAUUCGAACCUGGUGACGAGGUUGUCGGAGCAUCCAAACAUCAUCGGAUUGAAAGAUAGCGGUGGAGAUCUGAGCAAAAUGGCGGACAUAGUUUAUAAAACAAGAGACAGUCAAUUUCAGGUUCUAGCCGGUUCAGCGGGGUUUCUCUACCCUGCUCUAGCUCUUGGUAGCGUUGGUGGGAUUUGCGCCCUGGCGAAUGUUUUGGGUGACGAAGUUUGCAGAUUGUACGAGUUAUUCAUUGGCGGUCACAUGGAUGAAGCUGUAGUACUGCAGCAGAAAUUAGUAGAGCCCGGCCAAGCUGUAACCCGUCGUUAUAGUGUUCCAGGCUUAAAGCAUUCACUGGAUUGUAAUGGAUUUUAUGGCGGGCCAUGCCGAUCACCCCUUCGUUCUUUGAAUGGUAUCGCCCAAAAAGAGGUGGAACAGGCUUUCAUUCAAAAUGGAUUCGACUUGAAAUCGUUGUGA